AUGGGCAGCACUCCAGCCACUGCAGCUCCAAACCGUGUUGGGAAUUCGACCUGCCUCUCAGAAUGGUCAAACCAUUUGGAACGCUUUGGAGCCCUCACACCUCCCGGCCGUGAAACAAAGGCCCAUGAUCACCGGCCAUGGGUCCUCGAGGCGUGCCAGCCAGUCGGUGAUGGCGUGCAGACCUGCAAAUCAGACGAAUACCGGGUGCGAGCAUGGCCAGAGGCCAGAGGGGCGUCCGGUGGACCAGGCGGCCCAUCUCCGGGGGCCAGUGACCAGCGUGCACCCCCAGUGGGCACCGAGCCGACCGAUGCCAGGCGUCACCUUUUGUCGGAAGCACCUGCACAACUCACAGACGCCAUGCGGUUCGGGCUAGCGUGA